AUGGGCAAAUCUCCGGACGACGUGAGUACUUCGCACAGCAACAGCUCAGGUGAGAUCUACAAAAAUACCUUUAAGUUUGCAUAAUGUGUGUGUAAACUACAAUAUUUUAGUUGUGCGAAUAAAAGAGCGACCAAAGCCAGCCGAAACUUAUGGAGAAAUGUUCAGAAGAUGGCCAAAGAUUACGUUUUGCAUUGUUGGAAACGAAUUCUGCGAACGAUUUUCGUUUUAUGGAAUGAGAAGUACGUGUCAUUACUAAUCGAAAUGAGUGCUGAUUAAGGCCUUAGACUCUAAAUGAUCACUUUUUUAUUGAUAAGAAUCUGACCCCUAUGGGCGACUAAAAUACAAUAUCUGCUUUUUUCAGCGGUGUUAACACUGUAUCUUCUGAAUGUCCUCAAAUUCAACAAAGAAGACGCAACCACUUUCUACAGUUUCUUUACUGCUUUGUGCUACUUUUCGCCAAUUUUUGGAUCCCUUUUGGCUGAUGGAUUUAUCGGAAAAUUUAAGUGAGUUAGAAGUUAAAAUGGUGAAAAUAAUCUUUAAAAUUUUUGUAAAAUUAUGCAAUUUCUAGAACAAUUUUCAUCGUGUCAAUUUUCUACACCGCCGGCCAAGUCCUUCUGGCCUAUUCGUCGACAAAUGACGCUAAAUGGGGCCUCCAUCCAUGGCUGGAUUUCCUCGGUCUAUUCAUCGUCGCUGUAGGUACUGGUGGCAUCAAACCCUGUGUAUCCCCAUUCGGAGGGGAUCAGUUUGAGAAAUACGAAUUGAAGAUGAUUUCUCUCUUCUUCUCCGUAUUUUAUUUCUCCAUUAAUGCGGGAUCUAUGAUUUCAACUUUUGUGGCCCCGAUCUUCAGAAGUAAGUGACUCCAUCGUGUUUUUCAAAGUGACUUUAGAUACUCCGUGCUUGGGUCAGGACAGUUGUUAUCCUAUGGCGUUCGGUGUCCCCGCUGCUCUGAUGGUUGUGGCUACUUGUAAGUUCGUAUUACUCCACUGAAUGUAAUCUCGUCAUUAUUUCAGUGAUCUUUAUGUCCGGAAGUUACUGGUAUAAAAAACGACCGGUCACGUCCAACGUUCUGGCUGAUGUUACCAAGGUUGUCUUUGUAAGUCGUUCAAAAGCCAGUAAUAUUACAAUGAGCGUCUUACACAACAAAUUUAAAAUUUUCAGAAAGCCAUCUUUGGCCGUUUCCGGAGUAAUGUAAAGAAAGACCAUUGGCUCGAUUACUCUCUGUACAACCAUUACUGUACAACAUCUGCUGAAUGUCUGAAGUUGAAAAGAAAGACCAAGAACACAACUGCCUGUGCCCAAGUCAACUUUGUCAACGAUGUAAAGACCCUGGUCAGAGUGGUGGUUAUGUUCUUGCCAUUGCCCGUUUUUUGGUCUCUGUAUGAUCAACAAGGGUCAGUCUGGAUGGUGCAGGUACGUAACUACAGCUGAAACUGUCAUUCUGUUGCUUCUUUAAGACGUAUUUUCCACAAUAAUAAAAUUUUACAGUCCCUUCAAAUGGAUUGUCGUCUGUGGGGAGACACUUUACUUUUGCCCGACCAAAUGCAAACUUUGAAUGCCGUCCUGAUCUUGUGCUUCAUCCCCAUCUUCACAGCCGUCAUUUAUCCAUUGGCCGGUCUCUUCUUCAAGGUCACGUAAGUCACCUUUGACUGAACGUGCUCCCGUUUAUGUACCAGUGCUUAAAAAAAAUUUCAGGCCAUUGAGAAAGAUGAGUGUCGGAGGAUUGAUUGCCGCUGCCGCUUUCGUUGUCUCUGGAUUUGUUCAGAUGGAAGUUAAUGUAAGUGCUACCGUAAUCUCUGCAGUCUGCAUUGUCAUUUUAUGUCUUGACUUAAUUUACUUUAGAACUCUCUGGCGCCAAUCCCGGACAAAGGAUUCACUUAUGUCUCGGUGAUCAAUGCCCACCCUGCCUGCACUGUUUCUGUGAAACCCGAGAAAUUUGAUCCCACAACUUUCGCCCCUUACACUGCUUUGGAGCGACAGAAUGGAUCGGAUUUAUAUCUAAUUCCUCAUGGAGAACAGAAGUUCACCUUUACGUAUGAACCAGCGGGUUGUGGAGAUAUUUUGCCUGCGGAUGGAACCUUCAGUAUUUCUUACAAAUACGGUUAUCUUCAUGUAAGUGAAAAUGGAAUCUUCUAUGCGAAUACUUCGUACGAAAAGCCAACUUCCGGCUCUGGAGGCCAUGGAAUUUCGUGAGUUUCAGUUUUGUUGCAAUUUGUUAUCAUAUUUUCGUAUAAGAAAUAGGAUGAUAAUUUUAUUUCAGAGUAAUUGUUGCCACAGAUAACACCGGCUUCAAAGACGGCGUAGCUCUUUGCCGAGUCCCCAAUGACGGAAAAAUUGAUGAGGCCAAACCAUGCGACUUCAAGAGCCCCGAAGAUUUUUAUUACUACACUCAAGUCGUAAAGGAUAAAGAAACGGAUCUUCAAGGAUUCUAUAAAUAUGUGACAAAAAGUGGAGUCCAAGCAACUGGGCCUACUGUAUUCAAAACCAAAGAGGUUAAGCCUGGAAAGUAAGAAGAGCUUUUCAAAUUCUAAUCAUUUGAUCUUAGCUGGCGUCUUUACUACCUAACUGGAGAUCCAAGAGAAUCCAAGGAGAAUCUUCAAGUAAAAUACACAGGCUACGAAUACACCAAGAAAGAACAAGGAGGUCUUUACGUUGCAUCAUUGACUGGUCCUCACGACACUCCUCACAACAUGACAGUCCAAUAUGUGCCCGACAACCAGAUCUCCAUCUUGUGGCAAGUCCCUCAAAUUGCUGUAAUCACGGCAGCCGAGAUUUUGGUGUCCAUUACGGGUCUAGAGUUCUCUUAUAACGAGGCUGCGCCGUCUAUGAAGGCUGUUGUUGGUGAGUUAACUGGUUCGGACUUUUUGAAAGCAAAAAUUUUGCAUCUUUCGUUGCUUUUAACGCAAUCCGUUGAAGUCUCGCCUUGUCCUGAAAGUUUAACGGACUUGUAAUUUUUCAGGAGCUCUCUUCCUGUUGACCACUGCUACUGGUGACUUGUUGAUUGUCGUGAUCACCAAGCUCUCUCCAUCUAAUGAUAUGGCCAUCAAUUUCUUCUUCUUCGCCGCCCUCAUGGUGGCUGUCAUGCUUAUCUUUAUCUUGUUAUCCAUCUUUUAUUACGAAUAUGCCAAGUUCUCAGAGGUUACUGAUGAUGAACAAUUACUCGCAAAUGAUGAUUCUGAUGAAGAGGAAGAAGAAGAAAAAAGGUCUUUGGGCUACAAAUCAACUCAGCCGACAACAAUUGGAGUUGAUAAAUUGAAGGGAUUAGAUGACGACGCCUGGCAAAUCAGGUUGUAA